GGAUCCCCCCCGAAGCUUUGGACGCACUCUCUCCUCUUCUGUCAAAGCUGGAGAGACAGCAAAGGGAAGAAAGGAUGCAUGCCCUCUUGUCUUCAGGCAGAAGGUCAAAGAUGUGUGAAGAUGGAUCUUGAUUUCUCUUUCGUAGGCGAGGAAGAUGUGCGUUUCUGGCCUAAUUCACCGACGAGGUUUCGUCUUCCAGGGUGUCUCCUUUCUUGCUCUUCUCUUUCUCCUCUUUUCUCGUCUCCUGUUGCAGACCCCAGUGACCGCCUCCUCCUGCGUUCCUUGGGGUCAUCGCUCUUACAUGUUUCCUCCUCUUUCGCAGGUUGAGUCUUCGGGAUUUUCCUUCUCUGCCUCUUCUCUCUCACUACCUUCACUUUCUUUCUCGUCUUCUUUAUCUUCUCUUUCGUCUUCCUUAUCGGCCCUUUCAUCCUCUUCGCCGUCGUCGUCGUCUUUGUCGUCGCGGUCGUCUUCUUCGCUUUCGUUUUCUUCUGCUUCCCUUUCAUCUUCUUCAUCUGAAGUACCUUCCUAUUUGCUUUCGUUUCUGUCUCCGUCGGUCUUUGCUUCUUCGUCCUUUCUUUACUCUUUCCACGGCCGUCGACACAGAAUCCCUGAGCGUCGAGUUCUCCUCUCCUCCCGUCCGUCUAAAGAUGCUUUCUGCCUUUCUUCGUCUACUCUCUCACGUUCCUCGUCUCUCUCUCGUUCCCCCGCCUUCGCCUUGUCUACACUGACACCGACUUCCUCUGCUUUUCCUUCUCCGCGCUCCUUGACUUUCCCUCUGUGUUUCUGUUCCUCUCUCUCUUCCUCUUGUCGCUCCUCCUCUUCAGCAGACUCCGCGCGUUCAGUGGAUCACCAUCGUGAACGAGACCUUCUUCCGGGAUUUUCUUCGCCUCUUCUUCGCGGCUCCCUCGACUGCGAACGAGAGGACAAAGACGUCGAGGAUGAAGUCUCUCUUCGCUCUUCCACUUCUUCCUCUUCGUCUGCUGAUCAUGCCGCCCUCUCCGCUUUUCCCAUUGCUUCUUCUCUCGAGGCACUUGGCUCUUCCUCGUCAGCGAGUCUUCUCCGCGACGGAAGUCUUCGCAGUUCCUCGAAAGGAGACGAGCCUAUCACGUCACUCGCCGACAGAGUGGAGAAAAAAAUCUUUUUCUCCUCCCCAGACACCCAAGAGGACUCGCGUACUACCGACGCAGGCAGAGACAUGCAAUCGUGCGUUUCUCUUGGCUUGACUGGGGAGAGCAGAAACGUUUUUCGCUCCGAGGGAGAAGCCGUGGAGACCGAGGAGGAGACAGGAGCCAGCCUGAGAGGCGCAGAGAAGACGAAAGGGGGUGAUGGCAAAGACAAGACCAUCAACAGAAAGACAGACGUCCGCAUUCGCCGCCGCGUUAGAGAAAUCAUGAAAAGCAUGAAGAAGGCAGACACCGCGAAAGGUCGAUUGAAAGAAGAGUUCGAGAGAGACGAAGAAAUCCGCAAAGAUCCAAUCCUCCUCGCAAGACAAGAAGAAGAACUGAGAACUCUGCGUCUAGUCGACCCUCUUGUUCGGCCUAUAGAGCGAAGAAGAUACACCGUACAAUGGUGGCCUAACUUCGCUCGGGAGGCCCUUCCACGGGUGUUGGCUUCUUUGCCUCACGUGGAUCUUCUGGUGGAAGUUCGAGAUGCGCGUUUCCCCUCCCUCACUCAGCUGCCGAUACAACCGCCUGCGGGAGGCGCGAAGCCGCGCCUGAUCGUUCUAACGCAUGCAGAUCGGGCCUCUGAAGCAGGAAAUGCGCAGUGGGCGAAACAUUUUCGUUUUCUCCAUCGUCUGCAUGCAGCGGAGGCCCUCGACAUCGAGGAGCGAAAUGCCUGGAGACACGGCGGCCAGAGCCGCCCCCCACAUCCAGGUGUCUCCUACAGAGGAGACACUACACUGAGAAACGAAGAAGAGGAAGAAAAAGAAGAGACAGCAGACGUAGAAGAACAGGAGGAAGGAGAAAAGGAAGAACAUGAAGCAGAAAAGGAAGAAGAUGAGGACGGAGAGAGCGAUGUUGCGGUAGACGUGAUCGGUUCAGAGAGUCCCUUGGUUCCACCGAUCGCUCCGGCGACUCCGGUGGUGUUUGUAAAUGCUCAGCAAGGCGGCGCAUGCAUCGUCCGCGUCGAGAAGGCAGCGAGAAAGAUCGUGAAGAAGUGGAGAGAGUACCGUCGCGACCUGGAGGUGUAUCGCCAGCGCCUGAAGCGUCUCGCCACUGAGGAAGCGAAACCGUUUGCCACAGAAGGAGAACAAAACGUCGAAAACGGAAGCGAAGGCGAAGAAGGGAGGGGGUCGGCAGGUUGUUCUGUGAAGUCUCAGUCGUGCGGAAGUGAGGGGACUCUGGGGCCUGCGAAGGAGAACGUCCCCCACACUGUCUCUUCUUCUGCUCGGACACCCGGAGGAGCCAGAAGUCACUUGCGGACGAAGCGACCGUUGCGGUUGUUGAUUGUGGGAAUGCCAAACACUGGCAAAAGCGCGUUAUGCAACCGUCUUCUAGGAACCAAGAGAGCGCGAAGCUACAACUAUCCGGGGGUCACGAAGGUUCUGACAUGGUACCGAAGGCGCGGGACCUUCUUUCAAACGAAUCUGCACCGACUGUUUGACUGCGUCGAUACACCGGGUUUCCUACCUCCUCCGUCCUCCUCGGUCCUGCGGCCUGGACGCCGAGGCACAGUCAUUUCUUCUUCGUCUUCUUCUGCUUCUGCGUCGACUUCUGCUUCGACUUCUGCGUCCGGUCGGCUGCCUUUGUGGUGUGAGACACGAGAGAGGAACAAGGAGCCUUCAGUGCGCAUGCGCCACUCGGCGUCGAGAACUGAGUUUUUCCUGAGGAACCAUCCCGUGUACGAGGACGACGAAGCCAUUCGUCUCCUCGCUGCAUGCAACAAACUCCCCCAGUCUUGUCUUUUCACGAUCGAAGAGGCGUCAGUUGCUCUGCUGAAUCGAAUGUUUUCUGUCUGGACAAGGCGACCUGCCUACAUUCCUCUGCUUCGACUGGGCGAACGCUACGGCGUCGACCCUCUCGCCAGGGGCGUGAGCAUGAACGACCUCAGCGGAUGCGAGUUUCUUCACAGACUUGCGGCUGCACGCAAUCACUAUUGCACAGGAGCAGCUUCCGAGCGGGUCCUCACCGACUUCGUGAAAGGAUUCUUGGGAAGAAUGACGCUGGAAGUGCCACCGUCUCGCGAGGAAACGCUGCGGAGAUUUCAUGCAACUCGAGGUGGAAGAGUGCUCUCUCUGUCUCCUCUGGAGAAGGAAGAACAAGAGGAAGAGCGUCGCAGAGAGCUCGCCAGAGAGACUCUUCGCAGAACGCGCAUGCGCGGGGCUCGAGACAAGAAGAUCCCGUCAGACUGGGAGUGCCUGGUCGCGAAAAAAGAAGAAGACUCGGUUUUCUGGAACUGGACAGGAAGCGAAGCCACGGCCGACCCAGAGGAGUUGGAGGAUAGCCGAGGGAGCAAGGACGCUGAAGGUGAGGGUCGGGAGACUCGCAGCAGGCUAACCUUCGGUGUCGAGGAAGGAGGAGAGAGUACCACAGAGAGGAAAGAAGAAAGAAGCCUCAAAUCGACAAGAGACGACCGAGGGACGCCAGGAAAGAUGACCAGAAAACGUGGAAGGGCAGAGGAACUGACGAGCAAGAAUGUCCAGAGGCGGGUGGAAAGGGAGACGGAAGACAACGGUGGGGACGAGACGGCCGAGGAGAGGGAACAAACACAAGGACAGAAGAAAAUCGCCGUUCUGAUAGGGACCAACGAGGUCUUGUGGAGUGAGAGUGAAGGCGGGAGAGAGAAAAGGAGACAGCGCGGAGGGGGAGUUGAAAACGUGAGCAAGGACGAAACGAAACGGAGCUUCCACAGUCUCGUAAGAGCUUUUGCAACAGAAAAACGGCCGUUCAGAAAUCCCUCAAAAGGAGCGCAUGCAGCCGACGUGCUCGAUGAGCGACUCCGCACGCAGGUAGAAGAACAGGCAUGGGAAACCGGCGCUUUUGAAGGCUGGUGAAAAAACGGAGAAGGCAGGAUGCUUUCUUCUGACUUUUCGAUACAGUGCGUGUCUUCACUGUUGUCUGAACCUCUCUUUUGCGGACUUCAACUC